CUUCUAUCACCAAUAGUUACAGGCUAAGCCAAGCCUUAAGGUGCUUUCCCUUCACUCGCCUGACAGAUUUUAACAUUGAGCCGUUUUCAAGGUCUCAGAGUUGUUGAGCUUCUCAGUGAGACAGAGAUGUGUUCCCUGCAGUGGGUUAACCCCACGGUGACGGGGAUCAGAGCCCCAACAAACCUGCAGAGUCUGGCUGCACGCAUCACAGACGAGAUCACACAGGGAGUGACAAAGCCCUUCCAGCAGGUGAUUGAUGUCAGUUCAGGGGAUCCCCACAGGGCAGGGAUGGCACCCGUGUCGUUUGUUCGCCAGGUCUUGGCAGCGUGUCUUUACCCUGAGCUCCUCACUGAAAAAUGCCUCCCUCUGGAUGCCAGUCAGAGGGCACAGAAGCUUCUGGGGGCCUGCAAUGGCGGGAGUGUGGGCUCAUACUCUUCAGCCCCCUGUGGUUUACCAUGCGUCCAGAAGAGUGUUGCUGAGUUCAUCAUGAGGAGAGAUGGUGGAGUGAGUUCACACCCAGAAGACAUCAUCUUCUCCAGUGGUUCUCAAAAGACUGUAAUGAUGGUUUUGCACCUGCUGGCCAGUGGGGAGGGGGAGACUGUGACAGGCGUGCUGACCCCGAGACCCUGCCCACACACCCUGCCCCCGCUGCUGGAUGAAGCCGGGGUGACUCUGGUGCCGUACCAGCUGAUGGAGGACCGAGGCUGGGCGGUAGACCUGGAUGAGCUGCACCGAGCUUUGAAGACUGCUAGGGGGUGCUGCGAGCCCAGAGCCAUUUACAUCAGCAACCCAGGAAACCCCACAGGUCAUGUGCAAGACAGGAAAUCAAUAGAGGAAGUGAUUCGUUUCGCUGCAGCUGAAGGCCUCGUCCUGUUGGCUGAAGAGGUGUACCAGGACAGCGUGUAUGGACAGGAUAAAGAGUUUAUUUCCUACAAGAGAGUCCUGUUUGAGAUGGACAAAGAGUUCUCAGAGACAGUGGAGUUGGUCUCCUUCCACUCUAUAUCCAGCGCCUGCAUGGGAGAGGCUGGUCUGAGAGGAGGAUAUAUGGAGGUAGUUAACAUGGACCCAGCAGUGCAGAAGUAUUUGAGAAGUAUGCAGGACUCUUCCAGCCCUCCCGUUUUACCACAGCUUGCUCUGGAGGUCAUGGUCAACCCACCCAAACCUGGACAACCUUCUUAUAAAACCUACUCACAGGAGAUCCUUCACUCUCAGACAACUCUGUCCCAGAAUGCUCAGCGUGCAUGUGAGUUCCUCAAUGAUUUACCAGGGAUGAACUGCCAACCGGGGAUGGGGGGAGUCUUUCUUUAUCCCUGUGUGCAUUUACAACCUCAGAUGAUAGAGGAGGCCAAGAUGUUAGGCGUAAAGGCAGAUGUGCUUUAUUGCCAGAGGUUACUGGAGGAGGAAGGUGUGUGUUUGGGAGCCGGCUGUGAGAAUGGACAUGAAGAUCCAAACUACCACAUCAGGCUGUGUGUUCUGGCUCCUCCUGCCACCCUGGAGGAGAUCUUGGCACGACUAUGCUCUUUCCACCUGCGCCUGCUGGACACAUUUCCCUGACCGAAGUGUCAAGGACACCAAAGCGUUUUUUGUUUCACACGUUUUUCUCCCAAAAUGAAUACU